AUGGCCGGGCAGAGCAGGCAGCUGUGUGGACUGACCCUGAGCUUUGUGGGGGUCCUGGGGGUGGCCUUGACCUGCGGACUGCCCAUGUGGAGAGAGACGUCGUUUGUGGGAGCGAACAUAGUCACUGCUCAGUCGGUGUGGGACGGUCUGUGGCUGCACUGUGUGGUCCAGGCCACGGGGCAGAUGCAGUGUCACCAGGGCCUCUCUCUGACCUCUGACCUCCAGGCGGGACGCGCUCUCACCCUCAUCUCCGUUAUCUGUGCCUUCCUGGGCUUCAUGGUGGCGCGCUGCUCGGUGUCCCGUAUCCAGGGUGGGGGUCUGGUGGCUCUCUCCGGCCUCCUCUGCCUCAUCGCGGUCAGCUGGUCGGCAGGAGUCACCAACUUCUUUAGCAAUGACCCUCUUCUGAUCCAGGCCCUGAAACGAGACGUGGGCUCCAGCGUCUACAUCGGUCUGAUCUCCUCCGUGCUGCUGCUGCUGUCCGCCCUGCUCAUCGGCUUGGUCUGCUGGGAAAACGACCCGCCUCCUCCCCAGCCCUCGGAAUACUCUGGAUUUUCCGAUCGCACACAGAGAACAGUAUUCCCAGGGUUCGCUUCUCCAAACAGGACGUCCCGGUAUAAGUAUGCAGACAUCUCCCCAGAAUCUCUGUACAGUUAA